AUGGAGGAUGCGGUUGUAGGCUCUGCAGUAGGAGAAGAACACCAUGUACUAUUCGGGGAAGUGCUUGACGACGCGCACCUCAUGGAAGUUGAUGUGGAGUUGCUCUUCAAGGGCCUCGAUGACGUGGUGCGGUCCUGUGUCGUGCUCUCCGCCGGUGCCGCUGCUGACCCGACCCUUGGUUUCACCGCCGUCGAGCUCACGGAGGACAAGUUCAAGCUGCACAAGCCGUACGACCUGCCGCCGGAGCAGCGGUACGAGUUCGGCAACGGCGUGCGGCGGAUGUGGGUGUACUGCACCGACAAGCCCUUCAGCCCCGGCAGCCCCACCAAGCCGCGCUCCGAGAUUCUCCUAAACGUAGCGACGUACACGACCGGGGUGUGGCAGUUCGAGGGCUACGGCUACGUGCCAGCGGGCACGUCGGGGGUGUCGGUGAUGCAGGUGUUCGGCGCGUCGGGGCGCAACACGACGCUGAUGCUGCACGUCUACGGCGGCCGGCUCAUGUAUUACAACGACGAGACGCGGGUCGUCGACGGCGACAUCUACGACCGGUGGUUCCGGCUAAACGUCGUCCAUGACGUGGACGCCGGGAUGCUCACCGUGUUCGUCGAUGGCGAGGAGAGGCUCGCCGUCGAGGGACACGGUGGGUACCGGCACUACUUCAAGUUCGGGGUGUACACGCAGACGGACCCCUCGCACUACAUGGAGUCGCGGUGGAGGGAUGUCAAGGUAUACGCCAAAUUUUGA